CAGGUUGCAGUGCAGGUUCUGAAAUUUUAAUUAUGUUUUAAGAGAAAUAGGACUAAAUAUCUACUUAGCAAAAAUACAGUAAUCUAGAGUAACAGCGACAGAGUUAACUCUAAAACGAACGAACUCAGAGGAGAGGAAGGGGAGUUUUCAAGUUCAGACUCCUUUGUCCGGGUGAGGGCGGAGCCGGGAGGCUGGGCCCUUUGAGGCCAAUCAGCAGGGUGGCAGACGGAAGCGGCCAAUCGCGAUGCAGACCGACCUCCCCCACUGUCCCCUCGCACUAGCCAGAAGGACUGGGCACCCCCAGGACCAGGUGAGCGCUGCUGUGUACCUGCCCGCCAGGAGUAACAUCGUCUCAUUGCAACCGCUCCUUGGGGAGUGGGCGUGAAAGGCAGAGAAGCACACGCUCCCUGGCGCUGGAGAGAGGACCACGCAGCCGGGUGAACUACCUUACAGGUCCCGGCAACUGACGGUAGCAGAUGUUGGGGGAAACGGUCGCAACAUAGGAUUUCUCGGGUUUGGCCCACGCGGCAUCCCCGGUAACCAAAGCCGGGGGCUGAGGAGCGACCUUAAACGGUUGCAGGUUGGCUGUGGAGCUGAAAGCCAUGACUGCCAAAGAUCACCCAUCAUUGUGGGGCUUUGGAACAACAAAAGCAUUUAACAUUCCUGUUGAACAUUUGGAUUUCAAGUAUAUUGAAAAAUGUUCAGACAUUAAACACCUGGAAAAAAUUCUUUAUGUGCUCAGGUCUGGUGAUGAGGGAUAUUAUCCUGAACUUACAGAAUUUUGUGAAAAGCGCCUUAGAGGCUUAGCUCCUGGAAGCAGAGCUCUGAGGAAAGAUAAACCUGCAUCGACAGCAUCCAGUUUUACAACAGAAGAAUGGGAAAAAAUCGAUGGUGAUAUAAAGAGUUGGGUAUCAGAAAUUAAAAAAGAAGAAACUAAAAUGCAAUUUCAGGAAACUGAAACAUUUCCAAAAAUGAGAGAUCACUUGCCUCCAGUUCGUGGUUCAAACAAUGAUCUUCAUGUCACCAAGGAAAAAUAUUCUUCUAAAAAUAAACCAGCUAAAAAGAAAAUUCCAAGGGAUUAUGCAGAGUGGGAUAAAUUUGAUGUGGAAAAGGAAUGUUCAAAAAUUGAUGAAGAUUAUAAAGAAAAGACUGUAGUAGACAACAAGUCACAUUUAUCUAAAAUUGAGACAAGAAUAGACACAGCAGGUCUCACUGAGAAGGAAAAGGGUUUUCUUGCUACUCGUGAAAAGGAAAAAGGAAAUGAAGCUUUCAACUCAGGAGAUUAUGAAGAGGCUGUCAUGUAUUAUACGAGGAGUAUAUCAGCGCUUCCCACUAUAGCUGCUUAUAACAAUCGAGCUCAAGCAGAAAUCAAAUUGCAAAACUGGAAUCGUGCUUUUCAGGAUUGUGAAAAGGUCUUGGAGUUAGAACCUGGAAACAUAAAGGCCCUUCUGCGACGUGCCACUACUUAUAAACAUCAAAACAAGCCUCAGGAGGCCAUAGAGGAUUUGAGGAGUGUAUUGGAAGUUGAACCUGAUAAUGAUUUGGCCAAGAAAAUCUUGUCAGAGGUUGAAAGAGAUCUGAAAAAUUAUGCAGUCACAUCUAAGUCCCAAACCCAAGGUGGAAGGAUGGUUAUUGAAGAAGUAGAAAACUCAGAAGACGAAAAUGAGAAGAAGAGCGGAACUAAACAUGAUAUCGGCGGCGGAGAUAAGAGAAGUGAAAGUGCGGGUGAGCUAAGUAUCUUAUAUUCAAAUAGAGCGGCGUGUUACCUAAAAGAAGGAAACUGCAGCGGCUGCAUUCAAGAUUGUAACAGAGCCCUGGAACUCCAUCCGUUCUCUAUGAAACCUCUUCUGCGACGAGCCAUGGCCUAUGAAACGUUAGAGCAGUACGGCAAGGCUUAUGUGGAUUAUAAGACGGUGUUGCAAAUAGACUCUGGAGUCCAGCUAGCAAAUGACAGUAUUAACAGAAUAACAAGAAUCUUAAUGGAGCUGGAUGGACCAAAUUGGCGGGAGAAGCUGUCACCCAUUCCUGCGGUGCCCACCUCAGAGCCGCUGCGAGUGUGGUGUCCCGAGCCACAGGCCGCCCCUGGCCAAGAAGGGGACUCCGGCAGCCUCGCCUCGGCCAGCGUCUCAGAUGAAGAAAUGUUUAAAGCCCUGAAGGAAGAAGGAAAUCAGCAUGUAAAGAACAAGAACUAUCAAGAUGCUCUUAGUAAAUACACUGAGUGCUUAAAGAUUAACAGUAAGGAGUGUGGCAUCUAUACAAAUAGAGCUCUGUGUUACCUGAAACUGUGCCACUUUGAAGAGGCCAAGCGGGACUGUGACCAGGCGCUUCGGCUGGACGGCGGGAACGUGAAAGCUCACUACCGGCGAGCGCUGGCUCACAAAGGGCUCCAGAAUUAUCAGGAAAGCUUAACUGACCUCCAUAGAGUUCUGCUACUAAACCCAAAUAUCGCUGAGGCAAAGAUGGAACUGGAAGAGGUAACCAGAUUCCUUAAGGAUAACACAGCACCAUCCAGCAAAGGAAAAGAGAGACGGAAAAUUGAAAUCCAAGAGGUGAAUGAAGGCAGUGAAGAGGAGCCCCGAGAAAACCCAGAGGAGGUUCCCACUGCCUGCCUGGCUCCUGAGAAGAGCAGUGAAAGCACUGUGCCCCCAGAACGCUCUGAGCCACUUUGUAUCUCCAAGCCCAGCAACGCCUACGAGUUUGGUCAGAUUAUAAACGCUGUCAGUACCAGGAAAGAUGAAGAAGCCUGUGCACACCUUUUGGCCCUCACUGCACCAAAGGAUCUGCCAGUUCUGUUGAGUAACAAACUCGAAGGGGACAUAUUCCUUCUCCUGAUUCAGUCUCUGAGGAAUCAUCUUAUUGAUAAAGAUCCCGCCUUGGUGUAUCAGCAUCUUCUGUAUCUAAGUAAAGCAGAUAGGUUUAAGAUGAUGCUGACACUCAUUAGCAAGAGCCAAAAGGAGCAAAUCGAACGGCUGCUGGAUGAUCUUUCAGACACACCAAACGAGCAUUUUACUUUAGAAGAUGUACAAGCCCUAAAAAAACAGUAUGAGCUCUAACUCGAGAUUAUUGAUGCACUCCUCCCACGCAUGUACGCGUUCCAGCAAUGCCCGUGAAGCGGUACUGUAAUAGAGUUGCACGGAUUAAACCUGGAUUACAAAAAUCCCUUGGCCUGACUGUGAGAGACGUUCUACUAACUUUUAUACAUAGAACGCGUGUAUUCUAUAAUCUGCCUUUGAUUAGUUGUAAAUAUUUUCUUAUAUACCAGAACCAUAUCUUUAUAUUUAAUAAAUAUACUAGGGACAUGUUAAAAAUACAUUUUAAUUUAUAGCACACCUUUUGUUUGGAUAACUUACCUGUUUAAUAUUUAAGUUAAACAGCAUUUGUUUAGGCUUAUGGAGUCCUCUUAAGCUUUGAUGGAAAUAAAUUCCUUUAAAGUUCUCUUUUAAAACUGAAAAUUGUUAACAGUGAUUUUUAUGUCACUUUACGUCGGAAGUAACCCAUUUUAUAAUUCUAGUAGAUUUUAUCAGUUAAAACAUGAUGCAACUCUGAAGUCUAUUAUAAUCUAUUAAAUUUAGCGCUGUAAGAGGAACUUAUUUUUUCUAAUAAUGGAUACAUUACCUAAUGAUUAAGAAUAAAAAUUGCCAAAAGUUUCUACCACUUUUUGUAUUAAAAAAACUUUCUUAUAUAUUGCUUAGAUAAGCAAAAUAACCACUAUGUAAAAGCAACUAAGCCUACAUUUGUCUGAAUUGUCACCUUCAUGUUUUUCCCACUUAAAUGUCCCCCUCUGCCUUUGUUUCCUGUGUUUAUAUUUAUUGCUUUAUUGUAAAAAGGACCAUGAAGAACUUACAUUGCAAACUUGUUAACUGGCUAAGAAAAGGUAUUUCUUGCAAUAAAACAUUAAGGUCCUAA